AUGUUGCUUGGCUCGUCGACGUCGCUGCUCGUCGGAUGGCUCGCUUUCGCGACGGCAGUGCGAGGCCUCGCGAUUCCUGGAUAUCCCGUUCACAGUCCCUUCGGCGCGUCGGGGGCGUCGAAACAUGCAUUGGUUACAAAGUGCAAGAAGGUAGGCCAAGUUCGCUUAGAUUGAUUAUUGUUGUGAGGGCUCGUUCGCUGACAUGCACGACAAAUUUGCCAUCCUCAAACUCGACCCCACUUCAAUCGAUUCAUUCGCUCUCGGGUCACGCCAUUGUUGCACCGCUCGGUCAAAUCCUUGCCGAUUCUGCCGACUCCGGGGACAUCCGGAUCCAUUUUUCUCGCACUCCACCGGACCCAACACACCAGCCAAAACAAUUCGCUAUGACAUUUGAUGACGGACCGGUGAGUUGAAGCAGGGUAUCGGUGGCCUACAUGCCAGGUCGAGUCGGCUGACCCGUUCUGAACGUUUCAUCGAGGCAGGAUCACCCUGGGGCUGUGAUCGCGGAUCUCUUCACUCAACAUGGCGUCAAGACAACGUUCUUUGUCAACGGGUGCGUGUAAAAACUCGAAGGUAAGAAGAGCUGAAAGCGAAAUCGUCGGCUAAUGACGGAGAUACUCUCUGCUUUAGGUACAACUGGGGGUGCAUUUAUGAUUUCGCCGACGAGAUCAUCCGAAGACACAAGGCCGGUCACACAAUAGCGGUGAGUUCGUAGGCGAAUCGAUCGGGGGAAAGAACCGCCUGACUGAGACGCAUGAGAGCCAUCGCAGAGUCACACUUGGAGUCAUGUCGACAUCACCAAAAUGGCGCCCGACGCCCUCGCCCAGCAACUCGACCUUGUCGACGAGGCGCCGUGGAAGAUCAUUGGCGUCAAACCCAAAUUCUUCCGGCCGCCUUAUGGGAAACAUAACGCCGCCUCGAUCAAAGCCGUUAAAGCGAGGAAUAUGACGACAAUCAUGUGGUCGUUCAGUUCGGAGGAUGCGGUUGGCAAAACGCCCGAACAGUCGCUCAAGGAGUACGGGUCGUUGAUGAAGCAUUUCCCCGCGCCGGAAAUUGCGCUUAACCAUGAGAUCAAGGAAGGGACGGCGCAGACGGUCGUGCCACAUAUCUUGCUGCAGUUGAUUGUAAAGGGUUACAAACUCGUCACUGUCGAUGAGUGCUUGGGUUAGUCAAGCUGCUCGUCAUCUGCAAGUUUGAUUGCGCGUACUGAAGUUUUACAUCCUUUCUGGGCCUAGGUGUCGAGCCGUAUCGGGAAGUCGGGACACCCGGGGUGCGGGAUGCGACAUGGACUUGCUGUAAGUACUUCACGCUGGCCAAAGUAGGUCCGCUGUGAUGAGGAUGUCCAGCUUAUGCUUCCCGAGGCUUUCUCUCUUCGUUUUCUGCAGCUGGGACACCAAGGCCGGGACAGAGACGAUGA